AUGUCCCGACUUCUUCAACUUCGUCACAUUUGCCGCGCGCCAGCCUUAUCACAAGCGAAGCCGGCCGCCGCAUCCGUCGACCGCUUCACCGGCGUGAUCCCCGUCGACCGAAUCGAGAAGCGUUUCUCGCGGAGUUCCGGGCCUGGCGGACAGCACAUGCAGAAGAGCCUCACGAAAUGCGAGAUCCGGUUUCGGAUCGCUGAUGCUGACUGGAUCCCGAGUCAUCUGAAGGAGCCGUUGGCCUUGAGAUUGGCGAAUCGAAUAAACGCCGGCGGGGAAGUCGUGGUGGACAGUGACCGAACGCGUGAAAGGACAAUGAACGUGGCAGAUUGCUUUGAUAAACUGCGUGCGACUAUCUAUGAUGUGGAGCGAGAGCUGCUGAAGCGCGACGAGACCGACGAGGACCGUGAGGUUAUUUUGAAGCGGCAGGAAAAGGCAGCACAAAAGCGGUUGGAAGAAAAGCGACGGCUUUCGGAUACACGAUCGUCUCGUUCAGAGAAUUUCUCGAUG